GUAGAUUUCAAGUUCUCCUUAACCACAUUCAUAACUCAAUGGUUGUAGUCCUCUUCUCAUUUUGUCUAGUACUUCAAAGAUUCAUUGUCCAAAAUGUUUCCUGUCUCUAAUCCACUCAAGUCCAACAAACCCCCUGACAUUACUAUUAGAUGGCCUUCAUGACUAAAUUCAUCUCCAAGCCUCUCAACAUUAGUCGGUCUGAUACACUUGCUUCAUUCUGCAUCUCAUAACGCCUGUUAGUGACAUUGAAAACCUGAGCCAACAUACCUCACCAUGUCAUUGUGUCAGAGCCUACUGUCUCUAAGCCAUACGUCAUGGCAGUUCUCAGACAACCAAAAUACCUUCAGCAAGGAUGUCCACACAGAGUGAGGAGCCUCUGACCACUUUGAUGCAUGAUGACAUUGUGAGGUCAAAAAAUGCAUCCAUGACAACUGAGGAGCUGUUUACCCAGAUCCACAGGUCAAAAAUAAAGCACCUGGGAAGAAAACAUGUGGGAGAUUCAAAUGGGCUGAUGGGCCAUGACCCCAGAACCAGAAGCACCUGCAUGGCCGCUCCACCAUCUGCAGCUAGCAUCCAGCCAACAAAAAAGAAUGUUGCUCAAGCAAGACGGGCCAAUGUACAAAUUCAUCGCAGCGCAGAGAAAUCGAACACAUCAAUUGAAGAAUUCAAACUUCUACUCAAAGGGAAAGGUGAGCGAUCUCAGUUCAACAGGGUCAUGCCAGCUACAGAGAACAUGCAUCCCAAGAAGCCUGUAGACCAUGUCCAGGAGGAGCCAGCAGAUGCAAUGAGCAGUCUGCUCACUUGCUUUGAAUCCAUGCAGAGUAGCUAUGCCACGGACAAUAUCUGAGGCAACUUCUGAUUCAUUUGUAUCACUAUACUUAAGGUUGGUCAUGCUUUACCUUUUCAAAGACAUUUUCCUUUUUUCUUGUAUAAGGAAAAAGGCAAAUGUCACAGCAUUUUUGAGAAAUAUAAUCUUGAAUUAAACAAUGAAACAAUUCCAGG